GGACCAACGUGCGCCAGCUGAUCUGCGACGGGAAGACGUAGGGGCGGUGUAACCUUGAAGAAAGAAGCAGCGGCUGCUCAAAUUCGUCUGUAUUUGAAUUGCAUGGUUAUUAUUUCUGCGUUGCUCGGUGAUAGUCCAGGUUCUUUGGUCAUUUAGUUUAUUUUUGUUUUUCGGCAGGCUUUUCUGUUAUCUCUUAGAAACGCUCCAUCGUGUUGCUCUGAGGCUCCUUAACGCCUCUCCACCGGCUUGUCAGACUGAUUCAGCCGGAGAAGACAAACAGCCAAUACAGGACCGGGAGGAUACAAAUGUUGGUUCCUGCUUUCAAACUAAAAGCAUAAUCGGUAAAGCAGGGAAUCAGACAGUACGAAGAAGACAGACAGGAAAGAAGAAGUCGACAUAGGACCCUGCAGAAUCCAUCGCUCCACUUGUACCGCGCCGACUCGUGACAUGGAGAUAAUCUGACGGCAAUGAGGCCACAGGAUUGACUUCUCAAAGAGCAGAGAGGGAAGGACAACGUCAGAGCCCUGGAAAGUGAUGUCAGAAAUGUUGACAACUGUAGCAGUGGAUGAAUUUGCUUCUGAGGCUGGAGCCACUGGCAGAUCCUCUAAACGUCUCAAGGCUCUGCUAUGUCCAUCAGCCUGAGUGAAUUUUCACAUGGCGUUCCAUGUAGGAUUAGGAGGGGGAUCUCUGAUGGAAUACAUAAAAGCCCCCAGAGCAAAAUACACAAUCAUAGGAGAAGCUAUACGAUACGUCAUCCCCGCACAUAUGCAAUGCUCAAUUGGCUGUGGAGGAGAAGAUUGCAAAUAUGACAACCCAAACUACUGGAGCGAGGACCAACAAGCAAUAAAAGGCCUCUACUCAUCCUGGGUUACUGACCAUAUUCUUGCCAUGUCUAGACCUUCUACAGAGACCAUUCAGAAGUAUAACAUUAUUGAUCAGUUUAUAAGGAAUGGCAUCAAAACAGUGAUCAACCUACAGUUACCUGGAGAACAUGCAAGCUGUGGAAAGCCUCUGGAGCCAGAAAGCGGGUUCUCAUACCGCCCUGAAGUGUUCAUGGAAAACAACAUUUAUUUCUAUAAUUUUGCCUGGAGUGACUACGGAGUGGCCAACCUCACCACCAUCCUGGACAUGGUGAAGGUGAUGGCCUUUGCACUGCAGGAGGGGAAGGUAGCAGUCCACUGUCAUGCCGGACUUGGCAGAACAGGUGUGUUCUUAGCAUGUUUCUUGGCCUACGCAACCAGCAUGACUGCAAACCAGGCUAUCUUAUACGUUCGUGCCAAACGGCCCAAUUCCAUCCAAACCCGGGGUCAGCUGCGGUGCAUCAGAGCGUUUGUCCAGUUUCUUGUCCCUUUAAGAAGUGUUUUCUCAUGCGCCAAGCCUCAGUCCCACCCUGUAACCCUGUCCCAGUUUCUUAACCGUCAGAGACACAUACUGCAUGGCAAUGAGAGAAAGGAACUGAGGCACCUCCCCAAGAUUAUACAUCUUGUGUCCGGGCUCUUGGUAGACAUAGCAGAGAACCGGCAGGUGAUUGAGGAAGAUAUCCUUGAAGCCCCUGAUAUUCAGGAAAUUGAAACAACUCUCUGUCUCAUUGAGAAGAUGGGGCAUGAAUUCUUUGCAAAGGAGCCCCGCUUACCUGGUUCGCCCACCUUACCCAGGCAUUUCAAUGAGCCUGCCAUCUUCUACCAUCGCAAAAGUCUGAGCUACAGUGAGUCAGACUUGAGACGGCUGGGCUCACAGUUAAACCUCCUCACACAACAUCUGACCUCAGUCUCCAAAUCAGAGACCACCCUCCCCUCAUACCAAAAUCAAGGUCAGAACAUUAACACCUCUGAUAUCUCUCACAGUUCGACAGGCUCGCUCUGGCAAAUCAAGAAUGGGGAAGGCCAGAAAGAUGGAACAAUCGUGGUGAAGAAACUAAAAAGGAAAGCCAUCCAACGCAGUGAAUCAGUGGGAAACAAUAAGCCAACUAAAAUGGGUAGCAUGCUGUCCAGGUGGAAGGCAGAGCAGAGAGAAGAGCUAGCAAUGAAUGGGGUAAAAUCCCAAGGUAACGCAAACGAGCAAACAGAGCUUCCCUGCAUCACACUGCAGUCUGAGCUGUCUCUGGAGGCCAGGAGGCUGCUGGUGGCCCAGGCACUGGCAGUGGACCUUUUUCUUGAUGGAGAAAAGGAGCAUAAGACCAAAGUACUGGCCUGGCAGGCGGAACUGAAUCAAGGCAGCGCAUGGGAAAGACUGUGCAUGGAGCGAGAUCCGUUCAUCCUGACUGGAAUAAUGUGGGCAUGGCUGGAGCAGCUUAAAGAGCCAAUCAUCUCCAUCCAAGAUGCUAAAGCUCUGAAUCCAGACAAUACUGAUACGAAAACUGUCUUCAGCACACUCAGCCAGGCACCCAAAGAAACAGUAACAUGCAUACUCAACUGCAUGGCUCAUAUGAGGAACAUAUCAGAGGAAGUUGAAGAAGCUUUUUUGAACAGAGCAAUCAAGGCUUUUACUUGGAUCAACAUUAAUUCAGAGGAGAGCAAACUGUACGAGUCCAUGACAUCAGUUCUGAGGUGUGUUCUUCUGGACCUGAGAUCUUUGGCAAUAGAGGAGGAGGAGAGAGCCAAACCUACCCUCCCUCUAACAUGACUACAGCCAGUCUUACAGGAAAUAGAUACUUCUGUGCCUUGUGACAAUUCUUUUUAAUAAUAUAAAAGCAAUGUUUGUUAACAUAAACUUCAUAUGAACUUUUGUAUGUUGUAAUUCAUUGUAAAAUACACAUUACCUUAGUAGAGUUUAGGUCAAACUUCAAAGAAAACAUCCGAGUAUUUAUUUCAAAACAUUCUGCCUUAAGCCUCGUCGUAUUCAUCACUCUUUUCUUUAAGUACAGUUAAAGAACAAUGACGUACAGUCAACUUUACUGUCGUUUUGCAUUUCUUCAGGUUGUUACAUUCCCAUUAAUUGUCAACACGAUCCCACCAAGAAGCAUAAGAGUCCAUAAUAAAAUAAAAUAUCAGAA